AACAUAUAGGCAUGGCGAAGGAUCAUUUUCCAAAACAACCUAAUCGAACGGACGCCUAGUGCUGUGUGGAAGUGUACGUCGUUCGGGAAUGGUGGUACGAAAUCUAUUACAACAACAUAUAUUUAAAAUGUUAUACAAAUACAAGAUCAGCAUGGGGUUGAAAUAGACAGUGGACUUCAACGAACCGUGAGAUAUGUUAUAGCUUUUAACACAUCAGCCCGCAUUAAAUCGAACCGUUCAUGUGAUAGGUCUUAUGGAAUCUAUAAAUAAUAUCAGUACUAGUACAUAAGUGGGAAUCCAACACAAUCUGAGCUGAAGUAUGAUCGUUAAUUCUCAGCAACGGUCUCCGUGACAUUGAAUCAGACACUCCUCAGCGACCGUGUGGUGGUCAUUUUGGCCUGUUUGCUUAAGGCAGUGAUUGGCAUUGGACAUCGUUAGACGAUUUUGUUCGUCAAGUGAAGGAAUCGCAAAAAAAACCCCAAAGGAAAUACUUCUACAGAAAGGACAGCGGGCGCCUUAAAUUUCUCUUUUAAUGACAACAGACCCAGAAAAAUAAUAUUAGUCGAUACAUAAGAUGUGUGUAUUGGCAAAUUAAUCAUGAUGGUACAUGCAAACGGGUUCUGCAAUUAAAACAUGUGACAAUACUCGCUGGUGAUACGUAAAUUGUGACGCAACAGUCCUUUUUGGGGUUUGUUAACUAGACUAUCUCAUCGUAUCUGUGAUUACCAGGGUACGUUCAUACCCGUGUCAGUUGCAAAAUUGGGAUUAAUAGUUAAACAGGUUCAACAAGUACAAAGACAUGACGGAAGUCUUUUAAUGUGUGUGGCCCUACUAUUUAUGGAUAGAUUGGUAGACUGGAGAGUUCCAAUAGGCCUACAUACUGGCAUCGAGGCAGGAACUUAACAAUAUUACUCUGUCUAUCUAUUGUUAUAUCUGCCAUACCUGCUUGUGUUUCGAAAGGGUCAUCACAGAGGACUGUGCUAUACAUACCAAGAAUGAAAGUACGGGCAACGCAUGUGCACAGUUCAGGCUUAUCGGUAUAAGUGAAAGCACACCAGUGUCUCUAAUGCCAGUUUACUAACGACCAUUGUUAUACUCCGAAAUUUUAACAGGUAAAACCUAUUAUCUAACAGCUAAUUGAUAAUCAUAUAUGUCGUGUCACCUCUAUAAUACGGUGCCUGAUGUUACAGCAUGAUAGGGUUGACAUGCUGUACAAUCUAAAAGACUCGUGUGGAGGCAAGGCUGUAAAUCCUGUCACGUGUCGCAGUAUAGUGAUUACCUGACUAUACAAACUAUUAGUUACCAUUACUGGUGUGUAAAAACCGUUAUUGGGAAUAUCGAAUGAUUCGGGAAAUCACAAUGGUACUGGUAAAGGCAAUGAACAGCUACUGAAUGAUUGAUAUUUUAGUUAAUGACACGGAGCAUUUUUCACCAUCGACCAUUCUACACCUUCAUUCUGAAAACUGUCGAGCACAACGAAAUCACAACCUACACAAGUAUGUAGCCAUCAAACAUUGCUACAACAACAACUUAGAUUUAUUGGUUUUAUAACGAACAACCUACCGACUUUCAUCUGUUGGAGUCUUUGACAUGUUGGAACCAUUCGGUUGAAUGGAGGCGACACAUUAUGUAUAUGUACGGUACUAAAUAUUGACCAUGGUGAAUGUUUGGAACUCCCGUUGUGCUUGGCGUUCUCUGUCAUUGCUGCUGCUUCUAACUGACUGUGUGUGGACGUUGAAAUGCUGGCACUGUAUAGCGGAUGACUGUGAUAAGGAUCCCGGCGGGAACUACAAGGCCGUGGAGAGGACGUGUGAGGCCGGCCAGUACUGUCAGAAAAUAUUUUUUGAAAUGUUCAGUACCACUGAUAACCGGAAGUACAAGUCAACGGUCCGUGGAUGCGCGUGGGACUGCCUUGAUAAAAACGAUUUUACUAACUGUACACGUGACAUGUUCUCGUCACGUGGGUGCAUAGAGAAGUCCUGCUGUGCGGAUAAGGAUCUGUGUAAUAGAGCCUCUUCUCUCACAGAAAGAACCAGGAUUAGUAUGUUUGUGGUAUUUUCAAUAUUUGUUAUAUUUGUAAACAGAUGACAUAUGUUAUUUUUCGCGGUUGGCAUUAGUGUAACUUUGUGUAAUAAAGAAUAUGAUGUUUUUAUG